CAGUCACUCCUCCUACCACAGUCACUUGCAAAAUAAGACCCAGUCUGACCAGAACACAGAACAACCAUCAUCCUGAGAAAUCAACAUGAAACCUCAAUGUAUACUUCUACUGGCUCUCAUGGUCAUCUUAGUAUUGCACAGCAAGGUGAAUGAGGCUGUGUCGUUUCCCUGGGGCUGUGCAAGCAUCAGUGGAGUUUGCAGACAAGGAACGUGUCUACCUUCUGAACUUUACUUUGGACCAUUAGGCUGUGGCAAGGGAUUCCAAUGCUGUGUAUCACAUUUUCUUUGAGAAGAAAUCAAAUCAAGCAGCGAUUAUUAAAGAUUCUAUCAUGUGAAUUCAAUCUUUCCUAUAAACAAUCGUUUUCCGUCUCUUCUUUAAUUCAACAUGCCUAAAUAUUUGAUUUGUGAUAGUAUGCAUAUUCAGAUGCCUGAAGAGGAAUCUGUCUUAAGGUUAAUAUAUUACUUGUGUAUAACACUAAUUGUCAUGUAAUGGCACUGGUCAUGUGAUCUCUGGAGUAAUUUUGAUUAGAUCAUCAUGUUUUAGGGAUGCACAUUGUUCAUGACCUAAAACAGUUGUCUCUAGCCCUCUUAACUAUAAAAUGUUUUUUUCUGUACAUUUAUCAGCACUAAUAGAAUAAUAAACUUGCAGGCUAUUGUUUACUUUUCUGUGAAUGUGUAAAACCAAAUAAACGCAUGUAGUCACAUCCUUGAAGACGUCAUAAACCUAGUUUUCAUGUGUUUGUCACAAGAAUUACCUAUGUGUGUAAAUAGAUCAUUUUUUCUUUUAAUCUUGAUGGUUGGCAGUUUUGAAGCACCAUUGACUCCCAUAUUAUUU